GGCCUAGGACUCCCUCCACUGCUCCGCCGGGUCUGCAGAUGCCUCCUGCAGGCUUCCCUGGCGAGGAGCUCAACGGCUGCUGCUGCUGCACCUCCCGCUGGAGGGCCUCCAGAGGCCUAGUCCCAACUGCCCCUCCAGGGCGCCAGGGCCUCUCCGCCGUCCUUGCCGCGCCGCGAUCAAGGCGCGCCGACCGCUCCUCGCCGCCGGCCACCCAGCACCAAGGCCUGGCCCGUAGGAGCCUUGAGGAGCCACGUGCGUCGGCGAGCGAAUUGAUGUGAGUCCGGCGGCAGAAGCAAGGACUCAAGGACUCAGCGGCGCAGCGUGGCUCCUUUCGCGGCGCACGUGGCCUCAGGAGGCUUUGCCUCGUCUGGACCAGGUUUCGGCGGCGAGCCUCCCUAGCCCCCUCGGGAGAUCGAGAAGCAGAGCAGCGAGGCUGGGCUCAGCGAGGCUUGGCGGCAUCGGCGGCAUCGAGGCGUGCACGGCAGCAAGGCUCGGGCCCUCGUGAGUUCCUACAGUUCCGGCAGCGGCGGCAGCAGCGGAUCCCAGGAGGCCUCGGUGGAGGCCUGUGGCGCAGGAUCGGAACCGAUGGCAGCAAAGACCACAGGCUAGGCGGCCUUUAGGCUGCAAUUUAUUUGGGGCAUCUUCAGGGAAGGGCGGGUGACACGACCCUGGGCCUCAGAUAAGUGGGUGCGAGGGGAACAGAGAAUAGGCAGGCCAGCCCCCCCCUCUUCCUGGACAGGGCUAGGCCAGGGAUACAAAGCACCAGAGAUGCCACCCAAGAAAGGACAGGGGGGGCCAAAAGGGAAAGGAAAGGCCCACAAAGCAGGAGGGAGAUGCCCACCCCCAGCGGCAGUGGGUGCUAGGAGCGAGGAGGGGCCCCCAUGGGCUGCCAUACUGGCUAGGCUGGAGGCCCUUGAGCACGGCCCACGCCAGCCUAGUGCACCCAGGGCUCAACCUGCGAGGGGGAAAGCAAAAGGGCCAGCACCCAAACGUCAUAGGGGGAAAGCGCAGCAGCCAGUGAAUAGGGCUGACACAGGGGAUGUUGCCUCCAUCUUAGCAAGACUGGACGCACUGGAAGCAGGGCCCAGGGUGGAAGCAAGGACGCCUAGUAUGGAGACAGAAGCGGCUCCCACCUGGCAAGCAGCCCCGACAAUGCAGCCCACACAGGGACCUUCGGUGGACAGCACUCAGGACUGCUGGACAAGAUCGGAGCAGCCAUGCAUCCUCCUCUGCGGCCACAGCAUGGUUUUCUGGGCCGGCCGCAGGGCGGCGAAAUCCCGCUUCGGCACGCAACUGGGGCUCAGUCAAUGUGCUGCAGUGCGAUGGCUGGGACGGCGGGGGAUGCGAUGGGACGGGCUUUUGCCGGCCUUGUUUCAGCCGGCUGUGGAACUGGUGGUGCCCCAGGUGCUGGUCAUCCACCUGGGGGGGAAUGACUUGGGCCUGUUGAAGGGCAAGGCCCUAAUUGAGCAGGCAUGCGGUGACCUCCGGGCCAUUGCACGUCGCUGGCCGGGGGUGCACCUAGUGUGGUCAGACAUCCUGCCGCGCAGGAAGUGGAAUUGUACCGGUGAUCCACGUGGGAUGGACAGGGCCCGGAAAAAGGUGAACAGGCAAAUUCAGAGGGCCCUUUGUGACUUGGGGGGUUCCGUCAUCCACCACCCAGAGGUUGGCCACGACAGGUUGGAGUUGUUUCGGCCAGACGGCAUCCAUUUGACCGACAUGGGCAAUGACAUCUUUCUUGGGGACCUGCAGAGGGGUUUACACCAGAUUCUUAUCGGGUGUGGGGUAAAGGGAGACUAAGCAGAGGCUUGCCCCCGUUUUUGUGGCGUAGAAGUACGGGGAUAGGUUAAAGGGAAAGGGCAGCUAGGUGACACCUUUAGGCACCUUUGGGGGUGACAGGCGGUCUGGAGGCCUGCAGCUCAGGGCUACACGGCCCGGGGGUGGGGUACAGGCCGCCUUUGGUCCAACGUUCCUCAUCCGCUCGGAGUUUCAGGGCUCCGAGGGGCGGUGAUGCGGGUUGGACCCCCUACACAUCUUCAGGGUGUGGCUGGAGCCGGGGGCUGGCACAGGGCAGCCCCGGGCUCAGGCAGGGUCUGUUCGCCCGAUAGCUGCAAGCAGGCUUCGCCUGGAGCACCAGAAUACUCCCGCACUUUAUUUUCCCUCUGCAGGUUCGUUAGUUAAUUGUUUCUGUUUAAAUAAAGUGGCCCAUUAUUUAACCCAGGAAAUGGUGUCUGUGUUUUAUUUCGGCAAUAGGCCGCAAUCCCGUUCCG